AUGGUACGGAGUCGCGGUCUUGGCCACGACAAGGAGUUUGGCGACGUCGAAUUGAAGCCAAAAUUCUGCCAGCUUUUCAAAGCAAGCCGAAAUGGAAUAGAACGUUUGGAAAUAAGUGACAGUGAAUUAGACAAAAACACAAGAAUUGUUACACUAGAGAACUGCGUUAAGAUUGUUCUUGAGCAAGCUCCUUCAAAUAUCAUCAAUGUUGUUACUAAAACAGGACAAAUUCAGUUAGGUUCGUCCAGUGACGUAACUGCAAAGCAAUGGAAGAUUGCAUUGCAAUCUGUUGCUUUCAAAGAGAAAAUUUCACAAACUUGCAUUUUGAAUGAAAAUUCAAGUAUUGAAGAAGACAAUGAUUUGUAUUGCUCAUCGUAUAGCGAUAUAUUCACAGCAACCUUAAUCCCAACAGACGCCUCGUUGAAAUGUGGUCUUGAAUGUAGAAUGUAUACGCUGAUGCUUACUAAUACAGAGAUUCAAUUGAAAUGUUAUGAUAAUGAAGCUGUGGUCGUUGCUAGUUGGCCAUACAGGUUCAUUAGGAAGUAUGGAUAUCGCGAGGGAAAAUUUACUUUCGAAGCUGGACGAAAGUGUGACACUGGCGAAGGCACUUUUAAGCUGGACAAUGUUAAUCCGCAGGAAAUAUUUCGAUGUAUGUCAACCAAAAUGAAAUCGAUGAAAAAAAAUAUGACCAGUGAAAGUUUCAACACCAGCAGCACCCAUAACAUUCCAAGUCAGUUUAGUGCUGCAUUUUCUAUGGAGCCUGGUUCUAGAAGCCCUCUACCUCCAACUACUCAGGCACAAUUUAUUGAUCUUGAAACCCCAUUCCGUAGUAUGGUUGCCUCCCUUGACAUACCCUACCCUCCAAAUAAACCACCGCGAAAAACAACUGUUCAGCAGCACAACUUUUCUAAAAUUCCGGAGAGCCGAAAUAAUAUUUCUGCAUGCAAUGUCUCAUCUGUCUUCAUUCAAAGUAAUCAUAGCAACCAGGAGUUAUCUGUUAAUACUAAUAGUAAUUCUGUGCCAUUGUCCCCGAAAAAUGAUCGGGAGUACGAAAGUGUUGAAGACAUAACUGAUGCUUGGAAAAAACUUGGUAUUGACGAUGUUAAGCAUACUGAGAGUUCCCUUACCAUGCCGGAAAGUAGUAGUAGUGCAACGCAUAGUGAUAGCAGCUACGAUAAACUGGAUUUUUUCAGAACCAGUCAUAAAGCAAGUUCCGGAUAUAAAACAAUUGUGCCAAUAAAACAGAAAGGUUCUAUCACACAAGGUAGUUUAUCGGACGAUUAUGAAAUAGUUGGAGAUCCACCCACUUCUUCCACACUAUUUGCUUGUAACAGCAAUGUUGUUGACGUGUUCGAUAACUGUGGUAAUCAAAUGACAAUUACAUCUCCAGAUACUUUAGUAUGUAGGGUGGCGGAUGAUAGUUAUCAAGGAUAUGGUAUGAUACGCAAAUCAAACACAAAUAAUCAAACAUCAACUGCCUCUUACCCAACAAACUGUGUUAAUAUUGUUCGGAAUGAUGAAGAUAAUAAUAUUUCUAAGCAUGAAUAUGCAACUGUUAGCAAACCCAAGCAUGUGUAAUUUUUUGGGCAAUUAAAGAUGAAAUUUUACAUUUUUUGAA